AUGGGCAAAUAUAACCUCACGGCCCUCCGGGUUCGCCAAAUCGCUGUGGCACAGCAAUCCGCCGGCAAACUUCGUCAAACACCCAAAUGGCUUGAUAUAAUGCACGAUGUCCCCCCCACUGAGGUCCUGGUGCGGAACCGACCUCAACAACACCAAUUGGUUCGCCAGCGCCUGAAGACUGUUCCUGGCGCAUCGAGGCCGCAGGCCGUCUUCGAAGUCCAGGAGAAACGCAUCAAGCCGAAGAAGGCAAGCCGCAUGUUCCAGCCUGUCGAAAUCAAAUACGAGGAGGAUCAACUGCGCAAGGAAUUUUUCCGCGACCAUCCUUGGGAGCUUGCCCGACCCCGUGUGCUUGUCGAAAAGUCCGGCAAGGACUUUGAGAGAUAUAACUGGAGCCGGCUCCAGCAGCGGGGAAAGCACUUGGAUGGUGAGAGCGUUGUUCAGCGACAGCUUUGGCUCCUUAAUAAUGUCCCCGAUAUGACCAAGAGCGCCGCUUACGAUAUUGCACGCCGCGAGUUCUACCGCCUCCGUCUACAGGAAGACAUUGAACGACGUGUUGCUGCUGAGGAAGCCGAAGCUACUGGUGCUGUGUUCGGACCGACACGUCUACAGAUCGGUAUGGACCUCGAGAACAAGGAGUAUGAGCGUUGGAAGGAAUGGGCCAAGUUGCAGGCCCAGCUUUCGGACCAGAGAAUGGCUGCGUUCCUUGGGGCUCCGGAAGUCCAAGCUGCUGAGGAGCAAGAGACGAGCUUGGAUGAUGACGCCACGGAAAAGGUUGCGGUAGCAGCCUGA